CGGACGCAGAGCGCGUUUAAUGCCGAGUGUGUGAAUAUUAUCUGGAAACGCUCAUCCCUUCGCUUUAAUGUUGCAAAUAUUUAAAGUUUACCGUGUCGCACCCUUUAUAUGAGGAUUACGCAGCGGAUAAGAUGCGGAGUAUCGAAGGCGCAAACGCCUUGAUGUCAGGCCAGUCUUUGAAAUGGCAAACGAGGAUCUCCUUUCUUCUUUUUUGUCUGCUGGGCACCGUGAGCGGCCAAAUCCGCUAUUCCAUCCCAGAAGAGAUGAAACCUGGCUUGUUUGUUGGGGAUAUCGCGAAAGAUCUGGGACUGGAUGUGAAAAGGUUGGUGUCGGGCAGGGCGCGUCUGGUUAUCGACGGCAGUAAGCAGUACGUGGAGCUAAACCGUAACAAAGGGCAUUUGGUAGUGAAAGAAAGGAUAGACAGGGAGCAGCUUUGUGGUCAGAAAACUCCGUGUAGCUUCGGUCUAGAAAUUUUGCUGGAAAAUCCUCUCGAGUUCUUCUCCGUUACUGUUGAAAUUCAAGAUAUUAAUGACCAUGCACCAGUCUUUUCCAAAAAAGAAAUUAACCUGGAAACCAGCGAAUCUGCACCGAUAGGCACCAUUUUUCAUCUCGAUGCAGCUUAUGAUCCAGAUGUUGGUUUGAAUUCUCUUCAAAGUUACAGUUUAAAACCUACGGAUAAUUUUUCGCUGAAGCAACACAGUCGAAAUGACGGUAGCAGGUACGCAGAAAUGGUGUUGCAGGCGCCGCUAGACCGGGAGAAACACAAAGAACAUGUACUCGUGUUAACGGCUGUAGAUGGUGGAGAUCCACCUCGAUCUGGAACCGUGAAAGUGCACAUUACUGUGCUAGAUGUAAACGACAAUGUGCCUGCUUUCACAGAACCCUUGUAUAAAGCCAGUGUGUUAGAGAAUACGCCAAUAGGCGCGCUGAUUACUAAGAUCAGUGCAACGGACGAAGAUGAAGGUCAUAAUGGAAAUGUGUCGUAUUCAUUCACAAAUGUAGAGGAUGCACAGCAGGUUUUCGAGGUGGAUGCGCGAACUGGUGAAAUCAGACUCGCCGGUAUUCUAGACUACGAAACGACUCAACAUUAUGAAAUGAACUUGCAAGCGAAAGACUCUGGAGGUCUCGCAGGUACUAGUAAACUGGUUAUAGAUGUUUUGGAUGUAAAUGAUAAUGCACCCGUUAUUACCAUGACAUCUUUCUCAGGUAAAAUCCAAGAGGACUCUCCUCCGGGUACUGUCGUGGCUUUGAUAAGUGUGCAGGAUUUAGAUUCCGGUAAAAACGGUAAGGUUAAUUUGAAUAUUGACCCAAAUGUCCCAUUUACGAUAAAACCAUCGCCGCGGAAAUAUUACACGUUGGUGAGUGAUGCGCUAUUAGAUCGAGAAAGAGUUUCCAGUUUUAACUUGACGUUGACGGCCUCUGACGAGGGCACUCCAUCUUUGUCUAGCAAGAAAACAGUCUUUCUGGAAAUCACAGAUAUCAACGAUAACGCGCCAUUGUUUAGUAAAGGUGAGUACAGAGCGCAUGUCAUAGAAAAUAAUUCUCCUGGUGUUUCAGUGCUCACACUCCAAGCAACCGAUGCUGAUAAAGGACAAAAUGCACGCAUUGCUUACUAUCUCAUAGAUGGCGAGGUUAGUGGGUCGUCUGCGUCAACAUAUUUUUCUAUUAAUUCUGAUAAUGGAGUGCUUUUCGCUGUGCGGUCAUUUGACUACGAACAGAUGAAAGAGUUUAAAAUACAGGUGCGAGCUCAGGAUGGGGGGUCCCCACCUCUCAGCAGUAACGCGACUGUCGUCAUAAACGUUCAGGACCAGAACGACAACGCGCCUCAGGUUCUGUACCCAGUCCAGACUGGGGGCUCUGUGGUGGCUGAAAUGGUGCCUCGCUCAGCAGAUGUGGGCUAUCUUGUGGCUAAAGUGGUGGCUGUUGAUGUGGACUCUGGACAGAAUGCCUGGCUCUCAUAUAAACUGCAGAAAGCCACAGACAGGGCGCUGUUUGAAGUGGGCGCACAGAAUGGAGAAAUAAGAACUGUGCGCCAAGUGACCGAAAAAGAUGCUGUGAAGCAGAAGCUCACUGUUGUAGUGGAGGACAACGGGCAGCCCUCUCGUUCAGCUACGGUCAAUAUUAACGUGGCGGUGGCGGACAGUUUCCCUGAAGUGCUCUCGGAGUUCACUGACUUUACGCACGACAAGGAUUACAACGACAACCUGACUUUCUAUCUAGUCUUGGCCUUGGCUGUAGUUUCAUUUCUCUUCGUAACGUGUUUAGUAGUCAUAAUAUCAGUUAAAAUCUACAGAUGGAGACAAUCUCGCAUGUAUUACCAGUCCAGUCUCCCGAUUAUUCCGUACUAUCCACCGCGUUAUGCUGACUCCGUUGGCACCGGAACCCUCCAACAUGUUUAUAAUUACGAGGUCUACAGAACCACUGAUUCCAGAAAAAAUGAUGUUAAAUAUGUAGGACCGAGCUGUCAGAGUUUAGUGAGCGUGGAUGCAGCUGGAACAGAAACUCUUCCCAAGGAGGCUCAAUACAAUGACGGCAGUGAAAGAAACAGCACACUGACCAUUCCCCUUUGUAUGAAGAAGAGCGACGGAGAGGAGAGGGAGACGUUUACAGGCUGCUUAAAGUCGAAACUGCUCUAA